AUGCUACCGCGAAGGGGACUUUAUACGGCACUUUUCUACUUUUUCAACGUUCCUACAUUGCUGGCCUUCAACCUGGACACCAACUAUGUGAUCAGAAAAGACGGAGAACCCGGGAGUCUGUUUGGAUUCUCCCUUGCCAUGCACCGGCAGCUCAACCCGGACAAACCAAUGUUGUUAAUUGGUGCCCCCCGAGCCAAAGCUUUGGGAAAACAGAAUGCAAACAUCACUGGGGGACUUUAUAAGUGUGACAUCAGCUACUCUCCUGACUGUGAGCGCAUUUUAUUUGACAAUGAAGAGGAUAUCCGAGUUGAGAACAAGGAGAACCAGUGGAUGGGGGUGACGGUCCAGAGUCAAGGACCUGGGGGAAAGAUUGUGACUUGUGCUCAUCGCUAUCAGAGGCGCUUGUUUGUAAACACGCCACAAGAGGCCCGUGACAUCACAGGCCGCUGCUAUGUCCUGAGCCAAGACCUGAGCAUCGAUGAGUCGUCCGAUGAGGACGGCGGCAACUGGAAUUUCUGCGAUGGCAGGGUCAGAGGUCACGAGAUGUUUGGCUCGUGUCAGCAGGGCGUGGCCGCCGCUUUCACCAAAGACUAUCAUUACCUGGUGUUCGGGGCGCCGGGAGCGUACAACUGGAAAGGCAUCGUACGGGUGGAGCAGAAAAACAACACUCUGCUGGAGAUGGGCGUGUACGACGACGGCCCUUAUGAAGUUGGGGAUGAGCACGUAUAUAACGCGGAUCUGGUACCCGUGCCUGCCAACAGCUACCUUGGAUUUUCUCUGGACUCAGGUCACAGCAUCACCAGGAGGCGUGGCCUAAUCGUGGUGGCAGGAGCGCCGAGAGCCAAUCACAGUGGAGCCGUGCUCCUGCUGAGGAAAGAGAAUGAAGGCUCGCCCCGACUUGUAGUGGAGCACACGCUGUACGGACCUGGCCUGGCGUCCUCAUUUGGAUACGACGUGGCCGUAGUUGACCUGAACGGGGACAGGUGGCAGGACAUCGUUGUCGGAGCACCUCAGUUCUACAUGAAGGACAAAGAUGUGGGAGGGGCUAUUUAUGUUUACAUCAACCAAGCGGGACGAUGGCGAGGCGUCGUACCCGUUCGUCUCGACGGGACCCGAGACUCCAUGUUUGGGUUAGCGGUGGACAACAUUGGAGACAUCAAUCAAGACUCUUAUGAAGACAUUGCCGUCGGAGCUCCUUAUGAUGAUGCCGGUGCUGGAAAGGUCUACAUUUAUCAUGGGUCUGCGCAGGGAAUAAAAGCAAGAUCAGUACAGAUCAUUUCCGGGAAAGAUUACAACAUGCGACUGUUUGGCUAUUCUCUGGCAGGCAACAUGGACCUGGACAGCAACUCUUAUCCUGACCUUGCUGUGGGCUCUCUAUCAGACUCGGCACUUAUAUACAGGGCACGACCAGUUAUUAGUAUCCACAGAAAUGUCCAAAUUUCCCCACGUGAAAUUGAUCUGACAGUAAAGAACUGUGGCAACAACAUUUGCUUCACAGUGGACGCUUGCUUCAGCUACAAAGCAAACCCUGUGUCUUACAACCCAAGAAUAACCAUCAGCUAUUCUGUGGAGGCGGACGGAGAUCGCAGGAAACAAGGCUUGCUCUCCAGAGUCAUAUUCUUGAACAAAUCCAACUCGGAAACAGAACAUCAGUUUAACGGCACCUUGGACCUUCGAGGACAAAAGCAGGAAACGUGUGUAAAGAUAAAAGCAAAGUUAAAGGACAACAUUAAGGAUAAGAUGCGCAGCAUUCCCAUUGAGGUGACAGCACAAAUAGUUGGCACGAAGCGUCAAAAGUCAAAAAGCGGCCUCCCGCAGCUGAUGCCCAUUUUAGAUUCUUCUCAGUCGAGCAAAGAAACCCUCAAGGUCAACUUUGUCAAGGAAGGAUGCGGAAGUGAUCAUAUUUGUCGCAGUAACCUGAUGAUGGACUACAAGUUGCUGUACAAGCAAAGCAAUCAAGACAUUUACUCACCUUUGCCCAUCAAGAGCAACGUGCCCGUGUUUCAUCUGACUUACGAGAGGAAAGACUUAGCUCUGCGUCUGACCGUCAGCAACAUCAACGGAGACGACGCCUACGAGGCAAAGCUGACGGGCUCGUUCCCCGACACGUUGUCGUAUUCGGGCGUCCGCUCGCAUCGCACUGCGAUUGACAAGCAGAUAAUUUGCGUCGCCAAUCAAAACGGCUCUCAGGCUGAAUGCGAGCUCGGCAACCCAUUUAAGCAAGGCUCCCAGGUUACAUUUUACAUCAUCCUGAGCACUGUUGCAAUGACUCUGGAGACGACGGAGGUUGAUAUAGACCUGCAGCUCCAAACAACUAGUGUACAAGAUCUUGCCCGUGUGAGGAUCAAAGCCAAAGUAAUGAUUGAGUUGCCAUUGUCAGUUUCAGGGGAAGCCAACCCUCAUCGUGUUUCUUUCGGUGGAGUCGUGAGAGGAGAGAGCGCUAUGACGAGUGAAGAAGAGAUCGGCAAUUUGGUUAAUUACACCUUCAGAAUUAACAAUUUAUGGGAGUCUUCGGUCAAAUCCUCAUUGCACAUCCAGUGGCCCAAGUCCAACAACAAUGGCAAAUGGCUUUUAUACCUGGUGAAGAUGAAUGCUAAAGAAGGACCACGUGACGUCAUUUGUACACCAGAGUCUGAGAUUAAUCCUCUCAAACAUAUCCAGGAGAGCUCUACACUCAGGACAAAGCGUGAGAUUGCCCAGAAAAAAACAAGAGGAAAGGCUUCCGUACUGUCAAACAAAAAUAAGAUUUUGGCGUGUGGGAAAGACUUACAGUGUGUGCUGCUCAAGUGCCCCCUACAUGGACUCGAUGGGACUACCGUGGAACUCAGGGCUCGUCUGUGGAAUGCGACCUUUUUGGAGGAUUACGCUUCUCUUUCAUUCUUGGACAUAAUUGUGAAAGCUUCUCUGGUGCUUCACACCCGGGCUACAAACAUGAUUCUGAGAACCCCUGAUACUGAAGUAACGCUUACCGUGUUCCCGGAGAGUGCUGUGGCCCAACAUGGUGGCGUCCCCUGGUGGAUCAUCAUGGUGGCGGUUCUGGCAGGGAUCUUUAUCUUGGCCUUGUUAGUCUGCCUGCUGUGGAAGUGUGGAUUCUUCAAACGCUCCAAGCAGGAGGAAACUGUCCCGCAGUAUCACGCCGUGCGCAUCCGAAAGGAUUCUCCUCACUAUGAAGACAGCAAAGUCAAGCUGGAUGCUUUUGAGAAGAAGUCGUGGAUGACAACUUGGGUUGACAAUGAAAGUUACUCAUAA